GAUUCCAGCAGCUUUCUCUGUUGUCUUCCUACGAAGUUAUAAUCCCACAGAGGUUAGGAAGAGAACGGCGAGAGGCUUCCAAUGUCUCCUCAGUACAGGACAAGGUGUCGUAUGCUAUUGAGAUAGAAGGACAAGAAUACACGGUUCAUCUUGAAAAGAACAAAGAACUGCUGCCCAAAGAUUUCACGGUUUAUACCUAUAAUAAGGAGGGGAAGUUGCAAUCUGAAUAUCCAGAUGUCCAGGAUCACUGCCAUUAUCAGGGAUAUGUGGAGGGGACCCUGGACUCUGUGGUUGCUGUCAGCACUUGCUCGGGGCUCAGGGGUUUGGUGACAAUAGGGAACAUCACCUAUGGAAUUGAGCCCAUGGAUUCCUCUUCUGACUCUAAACACAUUUUGUAUCGAUUGGAUAAUGUGAAGAAAGAGCCCACAGUGUGUGGAGUAACCACCCAAGACCAUGAAGGGGAACAUAUGGAGGAAAAUCACCAUCCCAGUAUGACUCAGCUGCUGCGAAGAAAGAGAGCGGUCCUACAUCAAACAAGAUACGUGGAGCUGUUCAUAGUUGUGGAUAAAGAAAAGUUUGAAGAUUUUGGGAAGAGUGAGACAGAAGUAAGAGAACACAUGGUACAACUGGCAAACUUCCUUGACAGUAUGUACAUCAUGUUGAACAUCCGCAUUGUGCUGGUCGGUCUAGAGAUUUGGAAGCAUGAAAACAUAAUUAGCACGGACGGAGGUGCUGGUGAUGUGCUGGCAAAUUUUGUACAGUGGCGUGAGAAGAAUCUUGUUUUGCGCCGGAGACACGACAGUGCCCAGUUUGUUCUGAAGAAGGGGUUUGGUGGCACAGCUGGAAUGGCCUAUGUUGGAACAGUGUGCUCCAAGAGCCACGCAGGAGGCAUUAAUGUGUUUGGAAGAAUCAGCAUACAGAUGUUUGCAUCCAUUAUGGCUCAUGAACUGGGACAUAACCUGGGGAUGAACCACGAUGAUGAACGUGUCUGUCACUGUGGAGCAAGCAGUUGCAUUAUGAACUCUGGAGCAUCGGGAUCAAGGAACUUCAGCAGCUGCAGUGCAGAAGACUUUGAGAAGCUAACCCUUAACAAAGGUGGAAGCUGCCUGCUCAACGUUCCCAGGCCCGAUGAAACCUAUAGUGUUCCGUACUGUGGGAACAGGCUGGUAGAUGCCGGGGAGGAGUGUGACUGUGGUUCACCAAAGGAAUGUGAAAGUGAUCCUUGCUGCGAACCAGGGACUUGCAGACUGCGAUCUGGUGCUGAAUGUGCUUAUGGCGACUGCUGUAAAAACUGCCAGCUUCUUCCUGGAGGAACCGAGUGUCGGGCGAGUAACAAUGAGUGUGACCUUCCAGAGUACUGCAACGGCACGUCCCAGUUCUGCCAGCCCGACUUCACCGUUCAGAACGGUCACCCGUGCCACAACGAGGAAGCCUACUGUUACAACGGCGUCUGCCAGUACUACGACGCGCAGUGUCAGGAUAUCUUUGGCUCAAAAGCCAAAGCAGCCCCCAACAUUUGUUUUGCUGAAGUGAAUUCCAAGGGUGACAGAUUUGGCAACUGUGGUUUCCACGGCCAUGACUACAAGAAAUGUUCCAGCUGGAAUGCCAUGUGUGGGAAGCUGCAAUGUGAAAAUGUGAAAAAUAUGCCUGUUUUUGGAAUUAAGCCUGCUAUUAUCCAAACUCCCAUUGGAAGAGGCACCAUGUGCUGGGGUGUAGAUUUCCAGCUAGGCUCUGAUGUCCCAGACCCAGGAAUGGUGAAUGAAGGCACCAAAUGUGAUACUGGAAAGAUCUGCAGACACUUCCAGUGUGUCAGUGCCUCUGUUCUGAACUACGACUGUGACGUGGAGAAGCAGUGUCAUGGACAUGGGGUGUGCAAUAACAACAGGAACUGUCACUGUGAAGCAGGCUGGGCCCCUCCAUACUGCGACACUAAAGGCUACGGAGGAAGUCUGGACAGUGGCCCUCCUUACAAUGACAGCAUGCUUCGCUUGGUAGUAAAUACAAAGGUAGCCCCUGCCCCAAACAACUUACGGUAUAGAAGAGAGGUACGCGAUAAAGAAACGGGGCGAUGCAGAGACAAAGACACUUCGCUGAGAAAUGGGCUGCUGGUAUUUUUUUUCCUGGUCCUCCCGCUGCUCGUAGCUGCUGCUGUGGCAUUUGCAAAGAGAGACAAGCUGAAGCGAUGCUUUAGGAGGUUAAUGUCCCGCUGCCAAUCGUCCCUUCAGCCACCACCUCCUAGGACAGAAACAGAACCAAGAGACUACCACCACAGAGGCUUUUCCCAUGGCACGCCUUAUGCUCCGAGAGCUGUUCCCAUGGAUAUGGAACCAAAUACCUUUCCUGUUCCAUCUUACCCAGUUAACCAGCAUCCUCAGCAGGCUUACCACCAGUCUUACUACCCGUCUCCGCAAUACCAGGCACCACAGCCACAGAAGCUGCCGAUGAGGCCGCCACCUCCGCAGCAGAAAUACGCACCUCAGGGACCUCCUCCAUCACAGCAAAAGUGUUUACCUCAGGGACAGUAUUUUCCUUCUCGACCGGCACCUUUGCCUCCCAAAUAG